UUUGAAUCAAGUUUUUGACAAUUCAAAUAAUUAAACAUUUUCUGUAAAUAUUGUACAGGUAAAACGAAGCGAAUCGAAAAUAAUAAUUCUUGUGAAAGGCAGUCGCUCAUCCCGUCGAAAAUGCCAAAAAAGAAUUCCAACAUAAAGGAGGAAUCGGAAGAAGAUAUCGAUGACGAAACUAGCAACAACGAGCCAGUCCCAUUUGCCGCUGCACUGGGACUUCGUAGGGUUGGAAGUGCUCCACCAAAAAAGCCUCAGCAACAGCCACUUCAAGCGUUAAAUGCCCGUGGUAUGCCAGCUCGAAUUCGUAAAAAGAAUAAAUUGUUCUUCGACGAUGACGUCGUAAUCGAUAAACCGCAAGCGUCACCAAUCAAACGACCAGCUCGAACGGAGCCGGUAAAAUCGCCGACGAAAUCUGCCAAGAAGCGCAGAAUGACACCAUCAAGGGCUGCGAAAGUGAAAGAGGACACAAAGGACAGUGAUGAUGAACCGGCAGAAAAGCGCAAAACAACCGUUUUGACAUUCGAUCGUGUCGGAUCGCAACGUAUUGGAUUACGUUUGCGAAAUAUCUUGAAACUGCCAAAGGCCCACAAAUGGGUGGGCUACGAAUUUUUCUACAGCUAUCUGGACCGACCGUUGUUCGAGAGUGAAAAUGAUUUUCAGAUUUGCUUGCACGAUUUCUUUCCGGCUCUAACCAACCGACAACUAACUCGCAUCGAAUGGAAUAAGGUUCGAAGAUUGAUGGGAAAGCCUCGCAGAAGUUCACAAGCAUUCUUCGACGAGGAGAGACACGAGUUGGAACGGCGCAGACAGAAAAUCCGGUUGUUACAGACCCGUAAAUCAGCCGACUUGGAAUUCGUUCGAGAUUUACCAAAUGAAAUUCCGUUGCCAUUGCCAAUAGGCACCAAGGUCACUGCUCGUUUGAGACAUCCACAGGAUGGUAUGUUUACCGGAAGCAUCGAUGCAUUUGAUUCCAUGUCCAGCAUCUACAGGAUAACAUUCGAUCGCGCCGGUCUUGGCACUCACUCCGUUCCUGACUUUGAGGUGGCUGCCAACGAAUUCAUUGAAUCGAUACCGCUCAAUACCUUCACCAAAAACCCUCGUAUAAGAAACACUUCGCUGUUGAACCGUAAACUUGGUCUACUAUCGGGCAGCAAAAACGAUCCACUGCUUGGCUCCGAGAUAUACAACAACAGCAAAUCGAUUAUGAUGUCGAAGGAGUCGAUUGGUGGUUUUCAGCUAAAACUGCUCGAGAUGGUCAUACGUACGAAAAAGACGAUCGCUGCUAAGCAAAUGAAAUUGGUUCAUUUGAAAAGCAUGAAUGCUGAGGCCGAGAUGUUGAAGUCAGCCGGUGAUAUCAUACCGGAUGAUUUUCAACGACGCUAUGCCAGCAUGUUGAUUGGAAUGGAGAAAUUGAAUGGUGACUUGGCCAAAUAUUUAAGUCAAAUUCAAACGCUGUCACGAGAUCUGACAAAGGAACCAUUGAUCGCCGCAUUGUUGACUCCCAGCUACCUACGCGAACAAUGCAAAUCGUUGGCAGAGGACACGGUCGAGAAGAACAAUCAGGCGGUGAAGGACGAGUCAAUGUUACGCUUGAUCACCGAUCUAGCAACCAUUAUGUGGGUGGCAUCCAAUUUGAGCAGCGACGAGGGUAGCUCGAGUGCACGUACUGUAUUGGAUGUUUGCUUGGAAGAGGCUAAAAGUCGACUAGAUCCGGAAAAUAUUGUUUCGUUCCAGAAAAACGUUCAAGUUCAUCUAAGACAUUUGGACAAUGAUUUGCAGAGUAAUGCCAAUUGAUUAGCUGAAUUCGCUUAUGUGUUCUACGAAAAUAUGUAAAUAAUGAGAAAAUAAACUGCUUUCAGAUCGUA